GUGCUGCUAUAUUUCGUAUAAUUUACGUGAAGCAGACGCUGCGGCGCUUCCUCUAAUGCGGUGGAAUGAAAAGCCUACAUGUGAUGAAGAGACGGUCUUUGUCCGUUUAACCUCUCAACAGAAACAAACGACAGAGGCUUUAUUUCCGGUAAACAAGCAGGGCUACCCUUCCUGUCUCUGCAGUUUGAGUGUGCUGAGAUCUGGCCUCUUUAACCACAUUUCUUUAAACGGAUGUGUUUACGUUCAUGUCUAAUGAUCGUUGGUACGAGGGAAAAACAACAGCAGCUGUGACUGUGUACAUCCUUUGAGCUGCUUAGGUGUGAGGGAUGACAUCCACAGAGAAGUGAUGCAGCGUGAUGAGAUGGGUCAGCUGUGACUUACAUCCGAGGCCUUUGGGAGGGGGCUGUUUACUGGAUCUCACUGACAGGAGCUUUACAACUCAUCUCUGUAAACAAACAAGCUGCAGCACUGUAUCGUAUUGUAUUGAAGAGGUUCUUGGAUCCACCAUCAUACAGAGACACUGAUCUCCCUUGUUUCAGCCGGUAGAUGCUCCUCUCCCUGACGCUACUCCUGUGGAGGCUCCAGCGAUAUUUCUGCAUCAUGUUCAGCUCGGAAAGACUCACGGUGCCGGAUUAUGUCAACCGGCUGCAGAGAGGGAGGAGAGGCUCUGGCUCCGACCACCAAAGACCGGUAUCCCCGGGCAUCAGCGCCGACAUGCAGGAGGCGCUGAGCGUCUCGCUCCCCGCCCUGCGAGCCGCCGUCGGGAGGCUGAAGUCGGCCAAAGACUCGUGCGAUACGGAGGAGACCCGCCGGGGCAUCGCGGAGAUCUUCCAGCUGGUGGAGGAGGCCUGGGUCCUGCCCACCGUGGGCCGUCAGGUGGCCGAGGAGAUCUGCAACAGGGUCCGGCUGGUGGGAGGCCUAGAGCUGCUGCUUCAACUCCACCAGACACCUUCUGUGGAGAUCAUCUAUGAGUCUGCAAAACUGCUGGAGCAGAUACUGAUCUCAGACAACAGAGAUUACGUUGCUCGUAUCGGACUGGGGGUCAUCCUAAACCUGACUCGACAGCAUGAAGAUGCCCAGCUUGCUCGCAGCGUCUCUGGGAUCCUGGAGCACAUGUUCAAACACACCGAGGAGACGUCUGUCCACCUCAUCUCCAAUGGCGCCCUGGAUGCCCUUCUCUUCUGGUGCCGGGGCACGGAUCCCACAGUGCUGAGACACUGUGCUGUGGCCCUGGCUAACUGUGCCAUGUACGGGGGCCACCGCUGCCAGCGACUGAUGAUUGAAAAACAGGCGGCUGAAUGGCUUUUCCCUCUGGCUUUCUCCAAAGAGGACGAACUAAUUCGGUUCCAUGCAUGCCUGGCUGUGACUGUAUUGGCCGCAAACAAAGAAAUUGAGAAGGAGGUGGUGAAAUCUGGCACUUUGGAUCUGGUGGAGCCGUUCAUUGCUUCCUUGGAUCCGGAUGACUUUGCCCGCAAUUUAUUGGACAGAGCAGACUGCAUGCAGGGCAGGACAGCAUCUGAUCUGCAGCACUUUCUGCCUUUACUGGAUGGCACAAGAGUGGAGGGAAAGUGUAUCGCAGCCUUUUACUUUUGUGUUGAGACCAGCAUCAAGUCUCGUCAGCGCAACACUAAGAUAUUUCAAGAGAUCGGAGCAGUGCAGGGCCUAAAAAGAAUCGUCAUGUACUCCAGUAAUGGUACAGCCUGUUCCCUCGCCAAACGGGCACUGAGAAUGAUGAACGAGGAAGUUCCAUAUCGCAUCCUGCCAUGUGUUCCAAACUGGAAAAACUGUGAGGUGCAGAAGUGGCUACAGCAGGUUGGGUUCAGUGCCUACUGUGACCGUUUCAAGGAGAUGCAAGUGGACGGAGACCUCCUGCUGAACAUCACAGACCAGGAUCUGAGCAGUGACCUGGGAAUGACUGCAGGCCUCACUCGAAAAAGAUUUCUGAGGGAUCUGCGUGUGUUGAAAACCUAUGCCAACUACUCCACAUGUGACCCAAACAACAUGGCUGACUGGUUAGUUGAGGUGGACCCUCGCUUCCGUCAGUACACCUAUGGUCUGGUCCAGUCAGGCGUGGAUCGCAAUAACUUCCAGAAACUGACCGAUCAGCAGCUACAGUAUGACUGCAACAUCAACAACGGAGUACACAGAGCCAAGGUACUGUCUGCCAUUCGCCAGCCUUCAGAGCCCUGCCUCACAGACGCCCAGCCUGCAGGACCCGACGUGUUCAUAAGCUACCGUCGGACCACCGGCUCCCAGCUGGCCAGCCUUCUGAAGGUUCACCUGCAGGUUCGGGGAUACAGCGUCUUCAUAGAUGUGGAGAAACUGGAGGCCGGGAAAUUUGACGACAAACUGAUCCAGAGCGUCCAGCGAGCUAGCAACUUCAUCCUGGUCCUGUCGGCCAACGCACUCGACAAGUGCAUGGGUGAUACUGACAUGAAGGAUUGGGUGCAUAAGGAGAUAGUCACGGCCUUGGCUGGAAAGAAGACCAUAAUCCCUGUCAUAGAUAAUUUUGCAUGGCCAGAUGCUAUGUCUCUGCCAGAGGACAUGAGAUCGGUUCUCAAAUUCAACGGUGUCAAAUGGUCCCACGAGUAUCAGGAGGCCUCCGUUGAGAAGAUCCUUCGCUUUCUGAAAAAAUGCACGGACCAAAUCGAGGGCCCAGACACCCCCAAAGAGCAGGAUCAAUAAAUAAACUGACAUAAACGCAGCUAUAAUAAAUUUCAAUGAUGCCAAAUUCUACAUGGCCAAUGGUGAACUGGUCGGCAGCUUCCCCUUGCUCUGCCCAAAUGCAUGUGAAGCGAUUUUUGAUGUGCUAAUAUAAUUCGACUAAAUAUAUUGCAAACAAUACACGGAAUUGAAAAAGGUAGUUCACAUUGUAUAUAAUAAGCUCAAAGCCUUUAAUGUUAGUAUCAUACUGCCGUAUAUGUAUAUUCAGGUACGCCUUCUGUUUCUCAGGAAAACAACUGUGAUAGAUCUGCUGUCACUGACACCCAGCAACAUCAUUAUUAGCAAUCUCUGAGGCUUCCACUGACACUGACUUCCUUAUAAAAGUAUAGAGAUUCAUCUUCUGAUCAAGUCUCAUACAACACUCAUAUGACGUGUGUGUUUUGUUCUUGAGUUUGAGUUGUGGCAGAACAGAACCUGUCCUUUCAUUGAAGUGAUUUCAUGAUCAGUCUCUACGAUCGAUUAAAAGUCCGAUGGAAGCAUUUUUGAAAACAUAUGAGUAACAAGCUAUAAGUGCACGCCUAAUUUAACCAAACAGAUGUAAUGAGUGUACAGGCAAUGAAAUACAAGCGUAUAGUAUUAAUUGCUUCCUUUCCUCUGUACAAGUAGAUAAGAUCACAAGCAAUCAUGCAAUGGUAACUCCUGGAAAAUGAUGACUUCAUUUGUUUUACAGUGUUUUCUUCACUUGUUGCAACACAGUAACCUAAUACCUAACACUGUAAUUAAUUCAGUUGACUUGAGGUUUUAUCUGCCAGUGUUAAGUCUGUUGAGUAAUUACCUAUCUGCUUUUGCAGUUGAUAUUUCAUCCUUGCAAGUAUGUAAGUGUAUUCAAUAGAAGAAAUCCAGAAAUAGGACACAAACACCAGGGUUUGUG